CUGUAGUGCAUGAAGCAUCCUGCAGGAGGUGCUGUCACACACACACACACACACACACACACACACACUGCCUCCAGUCAUGAACCAGUCAGAGAGCAGGAGUCACUAACUAGCAUUUGGUCGGGCAAGGAAUGUAAAUGUCUGAGGACAAGGAAGCCCAGGAGGAUGAGCUGCUUGCUUUAGCAAGCAUCUAUGAUGAGGAGGAAUUCCACCAGGCGGAGUCGGCUCAGGGCGGAGAGAUCCAACUCUGUCUGGAGCUCCCUCCUGAUUUCAAAGUUGUCGUCAAAGGAGAGAAGCAAACAGAAUAUAAUGUCUGCUUCUUACCUCCUUUGGUGCUCAACUUUGAGCUUCCUGCAGACUAUCCAUCCACAUCCUCACCUGUCUUCACUCUCAGCUCUAAAUGGAUGACCAGAGCUCAGAUGAGCUCUCUUUGCAGACGUCUAGAUGAUCUGUGGGAGGAGAACCAGGGCUGUGUGGUUCUUUUCACAUGGAUCCAGUUCCUCAAAGAGGAGGCUCUGGACUUUCUAGGCAUCCUGUCUCCUCUUGAAGUCAUCAGGGGAGGAAGUAAGGCAGGUGGGGAGCGAAGGAAAACUGACCCAGCAGCCACAGCUCUGACGCAGUGUGGGAGUCUUUCUGAAAACGCAGAGGAGAAGAAAACAGAAGUGAAGAAGGAAAAGUCUCCACCACAGCUUUCAUCGUCUUCUCAACUGGACCCGCGGGCCGUUGUGUCGUUAGACCCGCGAGCCGACCUCCUACCUCAGCUCCUGGACUUUGACGAGGAGCAGCGCCAGAGGGCGUUUGACAGCAAGGUGUUCGGCUGUGGGAUCUGCUUUGUAGAGAAGCUGGGCUCAAACUGCCUCUGCUUUAAGGAGUGCCAGCAUGUCUACUGCAAGGCCUGCAUGACUGAAUACUUCCAGAUCCAAAUACGGGACGGCAACGUUCAGUGCCUUAAUUGCCCUGAGCCCAAAUGUACCUCCUUAGCUACACCAUCGCAGGUGAAGCAGCUUGUGGAUGAGGAGCUGUUUGCCCGUUAUGACCGUUUGCUGCUCCAGUCCAGUCUGGACCUCAUGGCCGACGUGGUGUACUGUCCCCGCCAGUCCUGUGGCACCGCCGUUAUGGUGGAGCCGGACACAACCAUGGGGAUUUGCUCGGCCUGCCAGUAUGCCUUUUGCACCUUGUGCAAGCUGGGCUAUCACGGUCUCUCCCACUGUAAAAUCCCUGCAGAUGAAUUGCGUAACCUCAGAGAUGAGUACCUGUCAGCGACAGCGAUGGGGAAAAAGUUCAUGGAGCAACGCUUUGGGAAGAGGGUGAUCCAGAAAGCCGUGGAAGAGUCCUUUAGUAGAGACUGGCUCAAUGAGAACUGCAAAGGCUGCCCACGCUGUGGAACCAACAUUCAGAAAGCGGAUGGCUGUAAUAAGAUGACCUGCACCUCCUGUAGACAAUACUUCUGUUGGCUGUGCCUGGGCCACCUCAGCAAAGUCAACCCGUACAGUCACUUUAACAACCCACAUUCACCCUGUUACAACCAACUCUUCCAAGGUGUGGAUCUUGACGAAGAAGAUGCCUUCUGGAGUGAUGAGGAGGACUGAGGCCUGUGCAGUGCCUCCCUGCUGUAUGCUCCAUUUGAAUGCACUUUAUCUCACGGAACCAUCUCUUCACCUGUGACUAUGCCUGCGUUAGCACAACAGGGCCACUACAAUCAUGUACCACUGUUUAUGUUUUUAAUAUGAUCAGGCAUCUUGGGUAUAAAACAUUCUGGGUGUAAAUUGUUGAUAUUUACCUAAUAUAUAUCAUGUAUAUUAGGUCAGGAAUGGAAAGAAGAGUUUUAGCCUCAGAGAGAAAUAGAGAGAGAAACAAUAAAGAGUGGUCAUUUUGGUAAAAAUAGACAUUUUCUGUAACAUUCAUGAACAUGCGGUUGAUGAUAGUGAAUCUUUUAGAUAUGACAAUGUUAUACAACUGGACUUUUAUUUCAAAAGACAAAUGUAAAGUUCUCUUUAUUAUACUCUAAAUGAAGUCUACGGAGCUACACUCUCUCUUUAAUUGGACUUUGUCAUGAUGAGUUUUCACAUCAGGCUUAUAAUGAUCAACAGGUGACACUGGAAUCACUGACUCAUUGUGGUAAUUUCAAGCGAUUGCUUACAAUCAGCUACCAACUGGGUGCUGCAGGGAAAAGAAGGACUGUAUUUGCCCUUCUUUGUCAUAUUAUGUAUCCUGCUUGUUAUGUUAAGUAUCUACCCUCUGGCUGGCUUUCUGUCGCAUGCCAACACUAUGACAUUAACUUCAAACAAACGUCAAAGUGAAUAAUUAAGUGAAUUAACUAUGACACACACCCUUGAUACAAGAUUAAAGCAAUGCAGGCAAACCUGGAGAUUCGUCACCCAGACAUAAUUACAUAGAUUGUGCUGUUUGUUUCAGCUUUAGGCUGUUUUGGUUGACUAGGAUGGGAAGCCCGACAUUUUUUUCAUCUUUUGUCGGGAUAUGAUUUUUUUUUUUUUCCUCUCUUUUUUGAAAAUUAUGUUUGGAUUUGCUUUUUCUUGAAAUUAGUUAAUUUACAGAAGAGCAUUUUUGAGGGUCAUAUGAUAUAAAUCAGGCUGAUUGAAAAGAGGAAUUCUAUGAGAUUGGUUUUGGGGAACGGGCUUCAUAAUAAUAAUAGUUUGUAUUUUUCCACACUGAAUGUAACAAUGGAGGACGCUGCAGUAAAUAUUCAUGACAGUCCAUCCUCUGAUGGGGUUACUGGGAUUGUGAUUAUGGUUGUUCUGGUGUGAGACAGGAAAUCCUCACUUGGUAAACAGCAGAGACAUUUAGAAAUAAUAUUUGACUACAUUUAUUCACACCAUCCUUUGUACAACUGUUCAUUUAAUGUUGCCAAAGUUUAGUGUCAACGAGAGGCCAUAUGAUCUUUAUAAUGUCUAGAGAUACAAACAAUAUUUUGUAUAAUGUUAAUUUAUUUUCAUUUACUAUUUUUUUGUUUUACAUUUGAUCAAAAAGAAGACUAUCUCAUGGGGGCAGUUCUGUUUGAAAUUGCAUCAAAUCUGUUCUUUAUCGACGUUGGAUGAUGAAUGAUUUGUCCCGCACUUCUUCAAAAGUGCAGACUAUACUUUUAGAGUUGAUGCUGGUUUGGACUGGUAAAAAGACAAUCUCUUGUUCAGUCUUGAAAUGCACAUGGAUUCUUUUUCCCUUCAGUGCAGACUCACUGUCACUUCAUGUCUCAUGUAAGAAACAUUUGAAUACAGGAGGACCUGCAGAAUCCUGUAAAAAAGCAUUCGGCAUAAUGUUCCUCAAAAUAAAUGGUAAUACUUUAA